AUGGCAGCAUCCAUAUACUCAAGUCAGCCUGGUGCUCACUAUGGUUACCCUCAACCUCCCCCGUCUCCUCCGGUAGACGAGAACUCAAGGUGUUCGCUUCCUUCAAUCUCAAAUUUGUUGGUGGUAGCGGAUGCUGGAUCGCCGACAACAGAGCACUCUCCUGCCUCUCAACAACAAGCCUCGUCAAUCAAGUCUGAGACGCGGCCAAACUCUUCUCACUAUGGCAAAGCCAUGCCGCCGACCCCGCCUAUGAGCACAGAUGCCUCCUUCGAGGGCCAUGGCUCCCCAUCAACGAGAUCAGUCAGCCAGGUAUCAGUAGUGUCUGCGCCGAACUACUACUAUGAAUCGACUCCACCUCUCGAGGCCGACCUCCAGCGUCACUCAGUGUCGAGCGCCGCUAUUCCUCGGGCGCACAUCCAUGCCUCUGCAUAUUCUCAGCAACCUUACGCUCCUCAACCCUACAUGAGCCAGCCAGCAAUGUCCUAUUAUUCAGCGGUUCCUCCACCAGCGCAGCCUCAAAUCUCUGGACUGUACUACCAGAGACCGUUGCCUCAGGCUUUCCCCCCGUUAGCUGUGUCUGUUCCGUUGCCGCCAGCAGCUGGACCCAACCCAUGGCAACAUCAUCACUAUAUUUCGCCCUCUUCAGCGGCCGCCUUCCCCCAAUCACAGGAUCGUUACAUUUGCCAAACUUGCAACAAAGCAUUCUCGCGGCCCAGCUCUCUCCGAAUCCAUAGCCACUCGCAUACAGGAGAGAAGCCCUUCAAGUGCCCACACUCUGGAUGUGGCAAGGCUUUUAGCGUUCGAAGUAACAUGAAGAGACACGAGCGCGGUUGUCAUAACUUCGAGGCGAGCAGUGCAACGCUACGCUGA